CCUGUGUGCUGCCUACCUGUUCUUUCCCCUCCAGUCCAAAUACUGGGCCAGUCUAUCUGAUUGGCCCAUAGGUGACUCUUCAGAGCAGUGCAUGCCACCACUCACUCGAUCACAGACCAAGACCAUGGACCGGAAGGAGGGAGAAUCCCUCCUGGCCUAUGAGGAACGCCUGGCUGCUUUCAUCCAGGAGGCCAAUGAUAGGGCUGCCGCCGCGGCCAAGGAACGUGACGGGGCCCCGGAGACUGAGAAAGGGCUGUCAUCCCUUGUGCAGGUCUCCCACGACCUCGUGGCCACCUGCACUCUGCAGCAGGAGGAAAUCCUUCACCUGCAGCAGACAGUGGACCAGAUGCUCGCACGGCUGCAGGCGUUGGAGAAACAGCCAGCUGCUGUAGCAGCCGCAGGGCCUUCAAACCUUGCCACCCGUGUUCAAGUUUUGGAGGAUGACGUCAACAAUAUCAAGUGUGUGCAUCAGGACUUCAGGACGUCGCAGCAAGCAACAAACUUGCAAUUGGAGACGCAGGUCCAGGCUGCUGCCACCGUGACACCCGCCGCCGCAUCCUCUCGGCGCCCACCCAAACUGGAUGACAUUCCAGUUUUCUGUGAUCAGUCCAAGACAGAACCGAUCCUGUGGUGGCGCUUGUUUACUCUCAGGCUCGAUAUGCACCAUGUCUCGAACAACGAUCGACAUCCGUGCUUGUACCACCGAUCUGGUGGUGCGUGUCAAGCAUGGCUGGACAACAUCUUGACCAGCCACGGCAUAGCAAUGUCGGAACUGCACACCAAGCUCACUUGGCAGGAGUUGACUGACGCCUGGCACAAGCGAUUCCAAGUGGAGCCGCCCGACCUACAAGCAAUGGACAAGCUCAACAAGCUCCAUCAGAACAGGCUGCUCAGUCAGGACUGGAUUACCGAGUUCCAAAGACUCGCCUCCACACCUGACCUGCCGCUCGCAUUCCGCGCCAUCAAGCACUUGUUUAUCAUGCGCUCGUGUCCAGCUCUGCAAAACACGCUGCCGCAGAUUGCAGAGACACUCGACACAUCUGACAAGCUUUUCACCACAGCGUCACGGAUCAUUCUCACGAAUAUCGAAGCCCGCAACGCCGGCCAAUCUUCCGCGACGACGAGCGGCACCCAGCCCAAGCCAAAGGUGGCUUGCAUUACUUCUACCGAGGCUGCAACACCAAACGAGGGUGAAGUGUUGGCAGCUGCCCAGGAUGGUGGCCGACCGCGCAACAAUCACGGCCGCGACAAGACGAAGACUCACUACGCUGCUCAUCGGCAAUGAGGCACAGCGCUAGAGGAGUCCAGCGCCGAGGAGGGUAGUGGAGUUGAGAGAGAGAGGGAGAGAGAGUAAGCGAGAGAGAGAGAGAGAGAAGAGGACUUACCUGUACCAGCGCUAUAGCUGGCUCCGCGGUACCUACAAGUUCAGCCAUCUCCAGGUUCACGACUAUCUGGUUACAUGUGUAUGAUGCUGCUUGGUUUCUGGAAUUCUCUAUCGCUCAUUUUCCCUUGCAUUCAAAAAAAUAAAAAACAAAAACAAAUCACAUUUAAAUUC